UCAACAUAAAUUAUAAUAUAUUAAGCUCUAAUCGACAUUUUUUUUUUGAAAUGUCUAAUCAACAUCUUCGAGUUGGUGCUUUUGUCACCAGUGGAAUCCACAGCAACGGCAAGUAAGCCCUUGAGCCGCAGUAUGUUAAAUGCAAUUUAGCCCCGAGCCUCGAGCCCAAUACGACGACGUUUCACUUUUUAGGUAUCCAAAUAGCAUGCCCCAAUUCUACUACUUCAUCUUCUCUAACCUCUCUUCCUUGGCGAAAAAUUCAACUGGUGGAUCUAAUAUCCAAAGCUACCAAAAGAGAAAAUAAAUAAAUAAAUAUAUGGAAGAGAAGCAUCAGGACAUUUCAUCAGCAAAAGCUGUCUUAUUAGGAGCUCUAGCUUCUGGUGUCAACGGUCCUACAUGGAAUGCACUAAAAUCUGCGUUUUUGUUACUGGGUCUAUGCCUUGCUGUUAUGCUUGGUUUAGCCUUCUCUUCAAGUGACUCUUUAUUGGUACUUCAUGUUGGGUUUCUUGUUCUAAUCACUGCCACCCUAUUUUUACUACUUAGCUGGUUUCUUUCUCAGAUUGGUCUGGUUUCAGUGGAACAUCAAAUGCGAGAAAUGGACUUGGUCCCAAAUGAUCAUAAUGAAUGAGAGGAGAAGAUAGUUCUCAUUAUAUUUUUUUGGCAGAGGAGACAAAGUAAGACACCAUCAGCAAAAGUAGUAGCUGUAAGACAUCACCUCAUGAUAAUUUUAAUUGAAAAGAUGGUUACAUGUUACACAUUCAUCUCUAAAGAAAUGAGAAGAAAAGAAAACAAGUGCAGCAAGGAAACCAUACAGCUCUUCAUAAUGCAUUCACGAGAAAAUCUUGGCGUGCAUAAUUGCUUUGGUUCUAUCAAUUACUUUUUCCUUCCUUCUCCUUAUGCUUGUCUUUUUUGGCCUUGAUGAAACAGAAACAUGAGCAACAUGGAAACUGAAACAUGAACUUCAUCUCUUUGAUGUUGAUUUCAAAUGUUUGGAAAUACUUGCCAUAUAUAUAGCUCCGCCCUUGGCUGUUUUAUUUA